AUGCCGAACGAGGGCUCGAUCACCGAGGGAACGAACUCUUCCUCGCUCACCAUCUUCUCCACCAACUUAGUGGCCACCAUGUCGCGCUGCAGCGUGAACUGCUUGCCGUCGCACAGCAAGCCCAGCGUGGCCUCGCUCUUAGAGGUCAGCUCGUCCUCGAAAGCCUGGGCGCGUGGCACAUCAUCCUUCAAAGCCUUUAGCGCCUCGAGGAUCGUGGCCACAUCGGCCUUGAACGUUCGGCCAAUCUUGCCAUUGUUCGGCUUAAUCUCCACGAUCAGGCGCUUCUCGGGAUUGUCGAACUUAUGCGUGACCACCAUCUUGACCUUACUCUUCUUGGCCCGGAGCUCAACUUGA